CUUCUUUUUGGCCUCUUUGCGCUGGCCGCACUAUUGGCUCAAAUAGGCACCUCCGAUGGCGCUAAAAUACUCGCCAUCUAUAUACUUCCGGCCAGAAGUCACUAUCAGAUGCAUCGGACGCUGAUUAGUGAGUUGGUAAAGCAUGGCCAUCAGGUCACCAUGAUCACCGCACUCACAUUAAAGCCACUCAAAUUGGGCAGCAACUAUACGGAGAUACUCAUCGAACCGGAGUUCGAUUACUGGAAACUAUUCUACGACUUUACCGGUACUAAGUCACUCUAUGACAUCGAAAAUGAUGCCGCAGGUUUUUUAGAAUUUGCUACAGUUAUGGGUAUAGAGCUUAGCACACAUACGUUGAAACAGCCUAAAGUACAGGCAAUUAUGAAUGCCAAAAUUACAAAUGGAGUCUACGAUUUGUUGUUGGUAGAACAGUGUUAUCAGGAGGUAUUUCUUGCAUUCGCUCAUAUAUACAAUGUGCCUGCGGUCAGCUCAGCCACAUAUGCCAAGCAACUCGCCAUGAGCCAGAUGUUCGGCAUAAUUUCACCCUGGUCAUAUGUGCCCCAUGGCCAACUACAUCUUACCGAGCGCAUGAAUUUUUGGGAACGCGCUUACAAUACCUAUUUUUCUUUGAAAAAUGAUCUGGAACUCGAAUUUAGUUAUUUUCCCAAAAUGGAUGAACUUGUAAAGGAAUAUUUCGGACAUUUGCCAAUUAAAUUUCCGACUGUUUCGGCGAUGAAUCGGAAUCUCUCCGCUGUAUUCAUUAAUAAUUACACACCCUUAGCCUCGCCAGCACCCACGAUCGACAAUAUGAUUAAUGUUGGUGGCCUACAUAUCUAUCCACCGAAGCCACUGCCCACCGAUUUACAGAAAUUCUUAGAUGACGCAGAGUAUGGCGCCAUUUACUUUAGCUUUGGUACCCAAGUACAGGCCAAGGACAUGCCGCUGGAAAAGCUACAGGUAUUCCUCGAUGUUUUCCGCCAAUUGAAGCAACGCGUCUUAUGGAAAUUUGAAAAUGAAAGCAUAGCGAAUUUACCAGCCAAUGUAAUGAUUAAAAAGUGGUUGCCGCAAAGUGAUAUCUUGGCACAUCCUAAUGUGCGUGUUUUCAUCUCCCAUGGGGGGCUCUUUGGUUCACAAGAAGCCGUUUUUAAUGGCGUGCCCGUGUUAGGUAUACCGUUCUUCUUCGAUCAGCAAUUGAAUGUGAAUAAAGCCGAGUCCGCUGGAUAUGCCAUUGCGUUGGAAUUCCGUAUGCUCACACGUGAAACUCUGAAGCGUGGUUUGGAGCAGUUGCUCUUCAAUCCCAUAUAUCGCGAUACUGCCAAACGGUUCUCGCGCAUUUUUCGCGAUCGUCCAAUGGGUCCUCGGGAAACGUUACUCUAUUGGAUCGACUAUGUGGUACGCCACAAUGGUGCGCGACAUCUGCGCGCUGCUGGCAUGGAUUUGAAGUGGUACCAAUUCUAUUUGCUCGACGUGGCUGCUCUGGUUAUGGCUGUUGUUAUAGCAGUAGUCGGCACUUCUAUUUUGUCAGUACGUUGGAUAGUCCGUAGAUUGAAAAAUGGAGAGAGCAAACAAAAAGUGCAAUGA